AUAAAUAAAUCUAAUAAAAUGGUUGUAUUUGUUAGUGAAGCUGUUUACAUUUAUUCAUUUAUUUGUUUAUUUAUUUAUGCAAAUGAGAAUAAAAACAUCCAAUCUGAUCAGGUUCCUGUGAUCCACUGAACUGGACCUGGACCACUCUGUGGAGUCCAGUCCAGACCCGUUCAUCUGGACCCCUGACAGGACCCUGCAGGUGGACCAGCUCCUGGAUCAGAGCCCGUCUUUGUUUAUGGUCUCAGCUGCAGCGGGUUCAUUCAGAACCCAGCUCGGUUCUGACCCAGAAAGCCUGGUUUUCACUGCGGGAUGAUGGGUCUCCGUGGCGGCUGCACGCGGGUCGGAGUUACCGAACCCAGGACCCCGAGCUGAAGCAGUGACCGCCGGGGCUCCGACCACCAUCACCUCGGUCCGGUUCUGGUGGAGCAGCCGAACGAACCUGGGUGAAAUCUAGCGGAUGCAUUCAUCGCUUCGGUGAAGGUUCUGGACCCGAACACCGGACCGGACCGGACCGGACCGGACCGGACGGGACGGGACGGGACGGGACGGUCCUCUCGGGACUCUGCGGACAUCUUGAAGAUGUUUCGUACUCCCAGGAAGGUAGCUGUGUUUGGGAAGCGCUCCAACUCCAUGAGGAGGAAUCUCAAAGCAGAGGUUUCCAAACAGGGUUGGCUCUAUAAGCAGGCCAGCAGUGGAGUCAAACAGUGGAAUAAAAGGUGGUUUGUGCUCACUGACAGGUGUCUCUUCUACUACAAAGAUGAGAAGGAGGACACGGUUUUAGGAAGUCUGCCCCUGCUUGGCUUCAGGAUCGAAGGAGUGGAGCCUUCGGACAACAUCACCCGCAGAUUUGCCUUUAAGGCGAAGCACACUGGGACCAGAACGUACUACUUCAGCGCAGACAGCCAUGAGGACCAGGAGGACUGGAUCAGAAGCAUGAGCGAGGCUGCAGAGGUCACAGAUCAGCUGACAGCACAGAGCAGAAACCCAGAAACCACAGAUGAUCUCAAGGAUCCUCAUCAAAUGACUAAAGCCCCUGAUCCUAAAACACAACAGAGUUCUCUCAUGCAAACCCACAACGAGCCUGACAAAGACCUGCACCCCCAUCCGAACUCAAACAGGUCUGACAACCUCCGAGCAGAAACAGCCUACGGCCCGGCUUCUGACCAGAAUGGGAAAAUGAACGGCCGAAGACCAGAAGAAGCUGCAGAAGCAGGUGAAGAUGAAGGAGCCCGUCUUCAUCAUUCUAACAGCUGGGGUGACGGCAGACAUCCUAGCAGUAAGACCCAGAACACCAGCAACAAACCCGUCUCCUCCAGGAGUGCACAUCGUGCCUACCAGGGACACCCAGACCUGGCUGUAGGUCCAACACACCAGCCCAAGAUGCAGCAGGGCAACGUGGUCCUGAGGAGAGGCUUUGUGCCCAGGACAACGCCGGAGAGGAUGGCCCAGAGGAAGAGCUCCAUGGCCCAGCUGCAGCAGUGGGUCAACCAACGCAGGGUCAUGACCUCUCAGGAGGACCUCAGCAGCCCAUCUCAUUACUACCCAGUGAGUAGAGGGAUGUCAGCUGAGAACUACAGACACUCACUCGGCUCACAGUAUGCCGACAAGUACCCUCUGUACCCACCAGGGAUGAGACCAGACAGCAUCAGCUCCGUUUCUCCUAUGCUGGGGUACGACCGACGCUGGACUCUGGAGCGCCGUUCUCUGAGGGACAGACCACAGUUGCCCAGGGACCCAUGGGGGUCACAGCAUUUCAGUGGAAUGGAACCAUCCAUGAGACGCUUGUCCAUCCAGCCUCGCUCCAGAUCUGUACCCAGGUCACCAUCUUUGUCGUCGGGGGGACCCUACUCACCAGUCCCACUCGGUUUUACCUCCCCUGCUCGAUCUCCGUCCAUGUACUUGGAUCAGUUCCCAGGGAGGACGAGAGAAGACGUGAUCUAUGCAGAUCCUUAUUCAUACGGUCUAAGACAGUCCAUCAGUUCACCAAAGUACAUCUACCCCGGUGAACGGAGGUCAUUAAGUCAAGGCUUAUACCAGCACAACUACCCUGUAUCCCCCUCCAUGCACAUUCCCACGGAUGACAUAUUAGACCUUCAACUCCAACGUAACCUGGACUACCUGGACCAACAGAUUCCUCCUUUCCACGAUGUCUACAGCAGAGAGUUACACCCCACACUGAAACUCAAUGAGAUUGAAACCACUAAACUUUUGGGCCGGCUGUGUGAGCUCAGCCGGAUGGUCAAAGAACACGAGGCAGUCAUCCACAGAAUGAGGAUGGAAAAGGACAGCCUUGAAGAUGAGCUGGUGGCGAUUCAUCAGGAAAUGGAGGUUUAUCAGAGCCAGGCUUUAAUCUUGGACAAACUGCAGUUAAAGAAGGAAAGUCAGCAGAACCAGCUGAUUAACAUCAGAGGGGAGCUCUCCCAGGCCUCCAGUGCUUUAACCACGGUCCGAAUGGAGUUUGAUGCUUUAGAAGAUGAGGCCAACGCCAUCCAUGAAGACUUGUGGGAGCAGCUGAACAUUGGAGGACAGAGUGAACUAGUUCAUAGACACAUCCAGAAGGAGUUUUGGAGAGUCCAGGAUACGUUAGAGGGACUUCACAAGAACCAUUCCUCCAGAGGCACAGACACAGCCAAACACAGAGUAACCAGUGCUGCAUCAGGUUCCUUCGCCACCAACAGUCCAGCCAGUCCCCUGAGCUCUGUCAGCUUAACCAGCCCACUCAGACCCUACUCCCCAAUGCCAGGCUCUCAGCCACCCUCCUACAAACAGCCAGGCUCAGAGGAAAAUGUUCCCCCAAGGCCUCCACUCCCCAAGUCCUAUUGUCCACUGGAGUCGUCUCCCACCUUUACUCCCACUGUUCCCCCCAUGCCUUAUGACAGCAUCACCUGGCUAUGCAACUUGGACAAGAGUGAUAGUUACUGUGAAGACUUGAACAUCAUGAAGCCCGACCCAGAAGAUGUUAGAGAUGCUCAGGACCAGAGUCAGGACAAACAGUCCUUAGUUAAUAAAGUUGGCAUUGUUCCUCCUAGAACCAAGUCUCCUACUGAAGAAUCACAUAGAAGUUCUUCUGAAGUUUCACGGCCAAUCUCCAAGGARCGUCCAAAGAGUGCUGUAUUUUCUGCAGAUAUCAAGUCAAAGAUGAGUGUGGAGGAGCAGAAUGAGCGAAUCCGUCGCAACAAGAGCAGCUCUGUGAGGGAUAAGAGGAGGAGCCUGAACUUCACAGGUGGACAGUCUCCAGCCAACUACAGAGUGGUCCGUAGGCGGCUGACAGCUCAUGAAAUUGACAUCAAAGACUUAGAGGCAGCGGUUCGGGGGGAAGGGCAGGAGUCUCCAUCAGAGGAAAUCGCUCGGCUCCGACGUUUACAGCUGGAUCCAGACCACAGUGACGUCAGCAGAGAGCUGAUGGCCCCCAACAAGGAUGGGAUCCCAGAAAACUUCCUGGAUUUGGAGGACAACAUCCCUCUGAGCCCAGAGGAGCAGAAAGAGAAGCAGAAGAAGCUUGAUCGCAUCAAGACCCUCAUUGCUAAAUCAAAUUUGCAGAACCUGGUUCCUGCUUCUGGUGGUCCAGUGGAGGGUGGACCUUCAGCUACCUCCCAGCACCAGCUGCAGGAGCAGGAGAAGUGGAUUGAAAUGUCGUGUGCCCUUGCUGCAGAGGCCUCUCGCCGCAGCCGCCUCCUCACUGCCCAGUGUGCCUCCAGCCCCCCAACGUCCCCCUCCAGCCGUGUUCCUACCUCGUCCUCUGCUGAUUUUCCAAACUCUGCCCAUGUUAUGAAGGUUUAGCUCUCACAAGUUCAAGUUUGGGCUGCUGUGAAGUUUCAUGGAGCAUCCUUCUAAAGUUUCACUGGAACAAACCAGCAGUGAAGACCACCUUUUUACCAGCUAAAGAGGGGUUUCAGUCCUGACUACCCCUGCCCAUCGGAACCCAUCAGGUUCUGUUAGAACCCAGAGCUCAGAACAGAUUGUAUAAAGUAAGAGUUACUACUGAACUGAGAGGUUUUCCACCUUUAUAUUGAACCCAGUUGUGAAUCUAAAGAAAACAAAGGGAGAACCUGACAGAAACACUCAGAUGUUUCUUCUUUUUAAAUCCUCAUGAAGACACAGAUGAACCAAACUAGCUCCAGUUUGUAAAACCAAGUGAGGCUCAGGAUCCAAUAUGAGGAAACUGAUACCUUUGCCACAAUAUACUGAGUUUACCUCUCACAGCUGUUUUACCCAGAAUGCCAUUCUCUACCUGUCUCUGUUUGUAGCCUUGUCUGAUGAUUGUAAGUUUCAUACAUAUAGAGUUUGUUAAAUGUUCAUGUGAAUGUAGUUUGGGCUGUAAAGCACUUUUAAUCUGAAUAAUAUAUUCUAACAGGUCAUUUCCUGUUAAUAAUUUA